CUCGAAUAUCCUUUUUACUUUGAUUUGAUAUCUGCCCAGAUAUUCACAGCCACGUUUCUCCCUCCCCUCUUGGCUGGCUGCGCAAUAACAGGCGCGUUUCGUCAGAUACUUUUACAUUCUUGGAAUGAAUGCGUACCAAAGUUCACUAGUAUCUCACCCUCAGCCCCAAACCGCGUCUUGGUAUGUACACGGACGCGACACUAAUCUGUACCACUGCGUAGCGGACUGCGCCACGCCUGGCAUCACGUGUCUUCAAACCCAUCGAUUCAAACGCGCGCCUAGACUUUGUCGCAGUUGUGUUUUCUUCCAUACCAAGCCGGGAAUUGCUUCUAUGGGCAACGGGGAUGCUGGUACUACUCUAAUUGUUUAUUUUUUCUUCCUUCUCUGUUCAAUUAGCCUUACGUAUGCAUUACAUGAUUUUAAAGGGAAUAACCACAGAAAACAAUUGUUGAACAAAGCCUGAUUUUUGUUCCUUGAAUAGUUACCGAAAAAAGCAACCACGAACGCGUCGGGUACAGCA